GCCUCUGUCACCCACUCGUCUGCACACCAUGUUGGUUGCAGUUCUGCUAGUACUGCCCGCAUUAGUGACCGCGUCGGGGGAGGGAAACAUCCACCUGCUGGACGAUGAAGUUGCCGUGGCCAUGCGCGCUUGCACGACUCCUAGCAGCGGGGGCAAAGACGCCAAAGUCUCAGCAAGACAGCAGCGAUCCGCGUACCAAUACGACAGUCAGUACGGGGACGCCACGCCGCGGAUAGACGGGAAUGCGCAGCAGGAUGUGAACAUGUACAGCCAUGAGAGGAGGAACACCAGCGACGUGAAGGAACAGAUGCAGGUGCUGAACGCGACGGACUAUGACUAUGACGGGUACAGUGCCGGGGAGAAGCUCGCCAACACCGUGCCCCGGCCAGCGGGGAAUAGGACUAGGCGGAGCGAGCCGCUGUUCGGGAAACCUGACUCGGACCUGUGUUUAAGUCAAUGCAUCUUCGCUAAUCUCCAAGUGGUGGACGCCCGCGGCAUCCCGCGCGAGGCGGAGCUGUGGGGGCGCAUCCAGACAUCGGUGACGUCGCAGCAGUCCCGCGCCGCGCUGCACGACCAGGUGCGCGCCUGCUUCCAGGAGCUGCAGUCAGAAGCUGAAGAUGACGGCUGCUCGUACUCCAACAAGCUGGAGCGUUGCCUGAUGCUGCGGUUCUCUGACCGAAAACCUGCUCCUUCUACCAGCCAGGAUGCACAGAAAAAUAAAUGAAAUCUUGAUCGCUACUGAAAAACUGCUACGCACUCUUUGACCAUGUAUU